CCUGCGGUGCCUCCAGUUCCGGCUACGGGAGGGAGAGGCGCGGGUCCCGCCGGUCCCGGGGCUCUCCCCGCCGGAAGUACCGGCGGCACCGGAAAUCCCUCCCAACGGAAGUUCCUCCAUCAGUCACCGCCGGUGCGGGCGCGCAGCGGCUUCACCGGGCAGCGCGGCCAUGGCGAACCACCUGCGCUUCGUGGGCCGCACGGUGAUGGUGCAGAACGGAAACGUGGAGGCGGCGUACGGCGUCCUGAACCGGAUCCUGGCGCAGGACGGCGUGGCCGAGGCGGUGCGGCGCUCCCGCUACUACGAGAAGCCGAGCCGGGCGCGGCGGCGGCGGGCGUUCGAGGCCUGCCGGCGGGUGUACUGCGCCGAGAUGGCGCGCAGGAUCGCCUUCCUGGCGCGGAGCGCCCGCCAGGACCCGUGGCCGGGCUGCUGAGGAGGCGGCCGGCCGCAAUAAAGACCCUCUGCCUCUGA